AUGCACUGGUCGCUACCUUUUCUCUUCGCAUCCUGCGUCCUCUUGCCUACCGUCAGUGCGAUACCUGUUCCAACCCAAGUGGACUUGGGCGGUGACCCUAACGGUAUCGCUUACACCGACUCGAAUCCGAAUAAAGAACUCUGGCACGCUGGCUCAAAAAUCGUUCCUCAACCUCAACGCGGCAGUCUGGGUGCCUUGAUCUUAGGGCCUCAAAAUGUUCCCCUGGAAUUGCAAAAUGCGGAUCUGUUAGCACCCCCAACGACCGACCACGGCUCAGUGCCGAACUUCAAGUGGCCCUUUUCGCUCAGCCAUAGCAAGCUGAAGCAAGGCGGCUGGUCAAGAGAACAGAAUGUCGGGAAUAUGCCGUCGGCGACGGACAUUGCAGGCGUAAACAUGCGUCUAGAAGCUGGCGCAAUACGUGAAUUGCAUUGGCACAACGUCGACGAAUGGGCUUACGUCCUGGAGGGGGAUCUAAGAAUCAGUACAGUAACUCCAGAAGGUCAAGUAUGGAUUGGAGAUGUCUCCAAAGGAGAUCUCUGGUAUUUUCCAGCCGGUUACCCACACUCUAUCCAAGCGAAGAAUAGCACACCAGACGGUGCUGAAUUCCUCCUCAUUUUUGAUGAGGGCACAUUCUCGGAAGACGGGACGUUCCUCCUCACCGACUGGUUGGCUCAUGUUCCAAAGUCGGUCCUAGCUAAAAACUUUGGUUUGGACAAUGAUUUGCAAGCCUUUGACCACAUUCCCGCUUCAGAGCUAUAUAUCUUCCCUGGGACCCCUCCGCCCGAAAAUAUCAACGACGAUAUGGUGGUACCCAACGAUACGCCACAACCGUUCACGUUUGCAUUUUCAAAAGUAGUCCCAGAAAAAAAAUUGGGUGGUACUGUAAAGGUCGUCGACUCGAGGUCGUUUUCUGUGGCGAACAAGAUUGCAGCGGCUGAAGUGGAGAUCGAAGUUGGAGGUAUAAGAGAGCUUCAUUGGCAUCCGACCCAGCCAGAGUGGACGUUCUUCAUAUCUGGAGAAGCCAGAAUUUCACUUUUCGCAUCACAAGCUAACGCGGCUACGUACGAUUUUUAUCCCGGCGAUGUUGCGUAUAUACCACCGUCUUUUGGGCAUUACAUUGAAAACACUGGCAAUACCACGUUGAAAUUCAUUGAAGUUCUCAAGAGCUCGCUAUUUCAAGAUAUCUCUCUAAGCCAGUGGCUUGCGUUAACUCCGCCAGAGCUCGUCAAGGCGCAUCUAGGGUUCUCAGACGACACGAUUGCUCAUCUGAGCAAUACAAAGCAGACGCUUGUUCUCUGA